UUAGAGAAAUUUAGAAAAUAGAAAAUAUAUAUAAUUUAAUUUAUUAACUAUUCGUCAUAAUUCAGAAAACUCAGUAAAAAAAGUUUUCUUUUUAAUAUAAUCGUGUGUUCGAAGUGUGUGUGUUUAAGAUUCCAUUAUUUGAUGAUUCCAUGCUCUCUGUAAAACAAAUGAAAAACUUAAUGAAAAUGUGCAUUUAGUAGAUUUAUAAUUGGAAAAAUGACGAUGACAACGUAUUCUUAAGAAGUGUAUAGAAAUUACUCCAAGAGACUUAAUUUUCGGAACAUUUUUCCAAGUUAAGAGUUUAUACUUUUUCAUCGGAACUUUGAAGUAAUAGAAGAUAUGAGUAACUUAGGAGAGCGUAAAAAGAAGACAAAUUCUUGUGCUGGAUGCAUGCGUGUCCUUAAAUGGAUACCGGUAUUAUUUAUACUCUCCAUUAUAGUUUGGUCCUAUUAUGCCUAUGUCGUAGAAUUAUGCAUACUUGCUAUUGACAAUACCGCUGAGAAGGUUAUAUUUUUGCUAUUCUAUCACAUAAUAAACACACUUUUUCUAUGGUCAUAUUGGAAAACGAUAUUCACACCUGCUGGCACGGUACCAUCUACUUGGCGUAUCCCCGAAGUGGAAAUCGAACGUUUACUCCGCAUUGAAAACCAAGAACAACAAAAAAGAUUGCUCGAAUAUAUUGCGAAAGAUUAUCCAGUAUCCAAUCGGACCCUUAGUGGUUCAAUACGAUUUUGUGACAAAUGCAAAAUCAUUAAACCGGAUCGUUCGCAUCAUUGCAGUGUUUGUGGAACUUGCAUUUUAAAAAUGGAUCAUCACUGCCCUUGGGUUAAUAAUUGUGUUAAUUUUACAAAUUACAAAUUUUUUGUGCUCUUUCUGGGCUACGCUCUACUAUAUUGCCUGUACGUAGCUUUAACUUCAUUAGAAUGUUUUAUACGAUUCUGGAGGUCGGAAUUUGUUGAACAGGGUGAAUUGGGCGGUAGUAUGGGCCGUUUUCAUAUAUUGUUCCUAUUUUUUGUGGCCUUCAUGUUCGCCAUCAGUUUGAUUAGUCUCUUUGGUUAUCAUGUCUAUUUGCUGCUAGUGAAUCGUACCACGUUAGAGGCCUUUCGUGCACCUAUUUUUCGUAUUGGCGGUCAGGAUAAAAAUGGUUACAAUUUAGGUAAAUUGGCCAAUUUUCAAGAAGUAUUUGGUGAUGACUGGAAAUUGUGGUUUUUGCCAGUUUUUACCAGUCAAGGCGAUGGGCUUCGUUAUGCAAUGAGAACGCAACAAGUGUACCAGAAGCCCAUCUACAAUUCAAUGGGUGCUACCGAUGCAAGAUUGGAGGUACAAGCGACAGAUAAGUUAAUAAAAAAUAAUCAAACUUCUACUACAAUGUCAUCAUCAUGUAACGUUAGUUCGGAAUUUCGGGAAGAUGAUGAGCAGCAGUUGCAGCUUGAACCAAAAAUCUCAUAUUUACCAACUGCUGCUGCUGCUGUCGCUGCCGCUGCCGGUGAUGUAUCGCCCUCUCAUUCUCUUAUUGCCAGUGCCGUAAAGUCUGCUUCAUGUUCAUCAAUUAUUGCUAAUGUUAAUAACGGCAAUGUAGUCAUCGCUAUGCCCGAUUUAGAAGUUGUAACGCAGUUACCGGACAAAGAACAACUGCCUGAAAUUAAAUUAAUCGAUGCGUCAUUACAGCGAAAUGUUGUUGAAAUUCAUAAAAUUGCAUAAUUUUGUUAAUACAAUCAUCGCCGCCAACGUCAUCAUCAUUAUCGACAUUAGUUAGCGUAAUUGAAACAAUCUGACGAAGAAAAAGAGUUGAUUCAAGAAAUGGAAAAUUGCAUUUAAUCAUAAUUUGUAUGUUUUUUUUUUUUUUUUUUUUUUUUUGUUUCCUUCCCCUCUUUUUUAUUCUUUAAUGUAAAACAUAGUUUUGUAAUAUUACUUUGAGUUUGUAAAUAUGAAAUAUUUGCGCUAUUUUCCUACAUGAUUCAUCUCAUCAUCAGACAAAUAUUUGCUGUGAGACCAAUUUCAUUUCGCUGUUAAGCUGAAUUACUUACAUAAAAAAAAAGAAAAAAGAAACAUAAACA